AUGCAAGGACGAGCGGAGAGCACUAUCACGCGACCGAAAGGGUGCGCAUGGGCCUCAGGAUGGGAUGCCAUGAAUUCUUGGCUGAUGGUUCAGACGCAGGGUUGGACAGUGCAUGGAUUAUCUCUGAUUGAUCCUUGUAUGGCAAGAAAAGUAAGCUGUGUGCUAUUUGACUUGCUAGAAGUCUUGCUCCUUGCAGAUGAAAAGCCAAGUUGAACCUGAUGAGCGAACAGGCCCACGCCUAAACCACUGAACCGACUGCGCUUAGUGGCUUAGGUGUUGGCGUGUUCACUUAUUAAUCGAACUGCAGUUGGUUCAGUGGUUUAAGCGUUUGCGUGUUGGUUCACUUACCAGAACCAACACUCAAACCGUUAGCACUCGCGCUACAAUGGCCUGGAAUCAGUACUACAUCACUUCCUACAUCAGUUCCACCAUCUAAAACUUGCAAUCCAGAGGCGGUGUACGAAUAUUCUGCUGUCCACAACCACCAG